UAAUAUGCCAAAUCAUUGCACACAUCAGCGACAACUCAACCCUUGGUGACAUGUAGAUGCCACGUAUUAUUUUAAUUAAAAAUUCAAAUAAAUAAUUUUAAUUUUUCAUUAAUCAAAAUUAAAAAGAAAGAGCAAAAACACUAUCCGCUGUCAUCUUCUUCCUCUUGCCAGCAACAGAGGAAUCCCAAGCCAAUUAAUUUGGGGAUGAACAUUCAGGAACCACCAUCUUCUAAAACUCCAAAUGCGGAGGAUGAGGCCAGCCACGACGAUGCGGAAAGGCAGAGACGAUGACUCUGACUUGUCGACUUCGGCAACAACAACACAGUGAAGGAGAAAAGAUGGUUGUCCCGCCGCCAUGACCAGGCUCGGAGAGGGAAUCAGUUGCUCCGGUCAUCUUCCCCGACGAAACUGAGCUCAAAUUAGAGUAAAAUUCGUGUUGAUUCGACUCAAUUUGCACAUAUAUUAAUAUGACAACGAAAUUUUGAACGCACGGGGGACUUGUUGGCUGGCUGAUGGGGAUUUAAAGGGACGGGCCCGGGGAAAAGAACAAGAAAGAAACAAGAGAAACAAAAAUGCACACAGUUGGGAGAUUUGGAAGCAGUGAAAAGGCGGAAGGGCAAAUAGGGGAUGCUAUACUACUGGAGCCAGCCUACCGGCAUCCAAGGGCCAGCAGCAGCCAUCGCUGGUUGUUGGUGACGUUUACCUUCUUUCCCUCUUCCCAAAGGCUCCCUCCGGACUUCUCGAGGACGAAAAACAAACGUAUUCAUUCGCAAAAUAAAAGAACAAAUAAUAAAAUAAAAACCUAGACCAGGGAUCUUUUUUGAAAAAAAAUAGUAAGCAACGACCACCACUUUCCCUCUCGUCGUCGUACCUCCAUAAAACCACCUACCCCGCUCCCACCUCACCUCACCACACCACCAACCAAACCCUUCCUUCCUUCCGCCCACCUUCUCUGAUCGUGAUCGUGAUCGUGAUCGAGAUCUCACCCCAUGGCGUCUUCAGCUACCUUCGCGAAGCUCGACGCCGCCUCUUCCACUUGGAUCGGCCGCCAAUCCCUCUCCUCCCGACCCCAACCCUCCUCUCGACUCGCUCCUUCACGUGUCUCCCUCCCCAUCCGCGCCGGCCACUACACCGAUGAGCUCCUCAAAACCGCUAAAACUAUUGCUUCACCUGGCCGUGGAAUCCUCGCGGUCGAUGAAUCCAAUGCCACCUGUGGGAAGAGGUUGGAUUCUAUCGGGCUGGGCAACACUGAGACCAACAGGCAGGCUUACAGGCAGCUCUUGCUGACCACUCCUGGCCUUGGUGAAUACAUCUCUGGUGCUAUCCUUUUUGAGGAGACCCUUUACCAGUCCACCACUGAUGGCAAGAAGAUGGUUGACUGCUUGGUCGAACAGAACAUUGUUCCCGGGAUCAAAGUCGACAAGGGUUUGGUUCCCCUACCAGGGUCCAACAACGAGUCCUGGUGCCAGGGUUUGGAUGGUUUGGCUUCAAGAACUUCUGAAUAUUACAAGCAAGGUGCUCGUUUUGCCAAAUGGAGGACGGUUGUUAGCAUUCCCUGUGGCCCUUCUGCUCUUGCUGUCAAGGAAGCUGCAUGGGGGCUUGCAAGAUAUGCUGCCAUUUCCCAGGAUAGUGGACUUGUCCCUAUAGUUGAGCCGGAGAUUCUUCUUGAUGGGGACCAUGGAAUUGAAAGGACCCUUGAGGUUGCGGAGAAAGUCUGGUCAGAGGUCAUUUUCUACUUGGCAGAGAACAAUGUUGUUUUCGAAGGCAUCCUUCUGAAGCCUAGCAUGGUUACACCUGGGGCCGAGCACAAGGAGAGGGCUUCUCCAGAAACAAUAGCAAAUCACACGCUCACAAUGCUGAGGAGGAGGAUACCUCCUGCAGUUCCUGGAAUCAUGUUUUUGUCUGGAGGACAAUCCGAGGUGGAAGCAACCCUCAACCUGAAUGCGAUGAACCAAAGCCCCAACCCGUGGCACGUUUCUUUCUCUUACGCACGUGCGUUGCAAAACAGUGUGCUUAAGACCUGGAAAGGGCAGCCUGAGAAUGUGGAGGCUGCACAGAAAGCACUGCUGGUACGUGCCAAGGCAAACUCUCUUGCCCAGCUUGGCAAGUACACUGGCGAAGAUGAGAGCGCCGAAGCCAAGAAGGGUAUGUUCGUCAAGGGAUACACCUAUUAAGUGGGAGCAUUUUUUGGGCUCUUCUGUUACUAUAUUUCCUUGUAUCUUCCUGUUACAUAAUAGCUACGCAAAUUGCUGACAAGACGUUUGUUAAUUCCAUGUUGAAGUGUCUACAUUUCUUUUGUUUGAAUCUCAAUAAUAGUUGAAGAGGAUAGGAAGUAUCCAGGAUUUUAGCUUUGGAAAGGAGUGAGAUUGUUCAGUAAGUCGGACAGACCGUUUGUAUUCAAUUCUUCCUAAAUCAUAUAAUGCUUGUUCCGUUGGUGGUGAUAAGUGUGAGCUUUUAAUCACUACUGCUGGGAAAAUCAAAUGGUAAAUACAAUAUAUUAACCACAAUUAUUAAGCAUCAGUAAAUUAUAGCCACAAUUAUCGAAAUUCAAAUUAUUAGCUAUAACUAUUAUUACGGGCUGCUUAUUUGGAUUGGGAGAGGAAGAUAAUGUUGUUCUUCCAAUGUGGUAAUUGCUUUGAGCCGCAGAAGACCGAGUUCACAGACAACAUUGCGCAAUGGUGGAAGCAGAUUCAACUCCGGCAACGGCGGAAUUUGCAGCCAGAAGUCGACACAUGGGUCGAGCUAAGGGGACUCAUGAGGUUCUUGCCGGGUUACUAUUAGCAUGAGUUGCACGAAUCACUUCAUGGAAUUCGCCAAGGAAAUCGGUAUGUUGAUGAUUACUUCAAAGAGCUGGAAUUGCUCAUGAUGCGAGCUGAUGUUAGGGAUGAUAAAGAGGCUAAAAUUUCGCAAUUCCUUCACGGACUGAAUCAUGAAAUUCGUCACGAAGUUGAUCUUCGACCCUUUGUCAAACUAGAAGAGGCAGUUCACCUCGCAAUCAAAGUGGAGAGGCAAUUGAAGUCAGCAUAGGGAAGACGAUUUUCGUUAGUCACCAAGCUGACCCCACAGCAGAAUGUUGAGGCCAUCAACCCCCAGUUCAAGCUAGAUGGAGCCAAACAUUCAGUGAAGAAUGUCACGCCUAUUAUUCAAGAGCAGAUUGGAGGUUCUAGCGGAGGAAUCCAGUGCUUUAAGUGCCAUGGCAUGGGUCAUAAAGCAAAUCAAUUCCAAACUUAAAGGCGUUAAUUUUGUGCGAUGGAGAGUACAUCAGUGACGAUGAGGACAAGGAGAAGGACGAUGUUGAAUCGUCUAAAGAAGAGGUUAUUAGAGAUAUGAUGUACCAAAUUGUAAUAAGGAUAAAUUUACAUA